UGUUCAGCUGCCAGUCUGCAAGCCACCUGCCUGCUAUCACGAGAGAAAACCCCUAAUAAAGUGCAGCCAUGUCUUCAGACUCUGAGAUGGCUGUUUUUGGGGAGGCAGCUCCUUACCUCCGAAAGUCAGAAAAGGAGAGAAUCGAGGCCCAGAACAGACCUUUUGAUGCCAAAUCGUCAGUAUUUGUGGUACAUGCCAAAGAAUCCUUUGUGAAAGGCACAGUCCAGAGCAAAGAAGGAGGAAAAGUCACGGUCAAGACUGAAGGUGGAGAAACUCUGACCGUGAAGGAAGACCAAGUCUUCUCCAUGAACCCUCCCAAGUAUGACAAAAUCGAGGACAUGGCCAUGAUGACCCACCUCCAUGAGCCYGCUGUGCUGUAUAACCUCAAAGAGCGUUAUGCAGCCUGGAUGAUCUACACCUACUCGGGUCUCUUCUGUGUCACUGUCAACCCCUACAAGUGGCUGCCGGUGUACAACCCGGAGGUGGUGUUGGCCUACCGAGGCAAAAAGCGCCAGGAGGCCCCUCCGCACAUCUUCUCCAUCUCUGACAACGCCUAUCAGUUCAUGUUAACUGAUCGCGAGAAUCAGUCAAUCCUGAUCACYGGAGAAUCCGGGGCAGGCAAGACUGUGAACACCAAGCGUGUCAUCCAGUACUUUGCAACAAUUGCAGCGAGUGGGGAGAAGAAAAAGGAGGAGCAGCCUGGCAAAAUGCAGGGCACGCUUGAGGAUCAAAUCAUCAGCGCCAACCCCUUGCUGGAGGCCUUUGGAAAUGCCAAGACCGUGAGGAAUGACAACUCCUCACGCUUUGGCAAAUUCAUCAGGAUUCACUUUGGUGCCACAGGAAAGCUGGCUUCUGCGGAUAUUGAAACAUACCUUCUGGAGAAGUCCAGAGUCACUUUCCAACUGAAGGCGGAAAGAAGCUACCACAUAUUUUAUCAGAUCAUGUCCAACAAGAAGCCAGAGCUAAUUGACAUGCUCCUCAUUACCACCAACCCAUAUGACUACCACUUCGUGAGUCAAGGUGAGAUCACUGUUCCCAGCAUCAAUGACCAGGAAGAGCUGAUGGCUACAGAUAGUGCCAUUGACAUCCUGGGUUUCACUGCUGAUGAAAAAGUGGCCAUUUACAAGCUGACGGGGGCUGUCAUGCACUAUGGGAAUUUGAAAUUCAAGCAGAAACAACGAGAGGAGCAGGCAGAACCUGAUGGCACAGAAGUUGCUGACAAGGCUGCCUACCUGAUGGGUCUGAACUCAGCAGACCUGCUGAAGGCCCUGUGCUAUCCCCGAGUCAAGGUCGGGAAUGAGUAUGUGACCAAAGGUCAAACUGUGCAGCAGGUGAACAAUUCAGUGGGUGCUCUAGCAAAGGCAGUAUAUGAGAAGAUGUUCUUGUGGAUGGUUGUUCGUAUCAACCAACAGUUGGACACCAAACAACCCAGACAGUACUUCAUUGGUGUGCUGGACAUUGCUGGCUUUGAGAUCUUUGAUUUCAACAGCCUGGAGCAGCUCUGCAUCAACUUCACCAAUGAGAAACUGCAACAGUUCUUCAAUCACCACAUGUUCGUGCUGGAGCAAGAGGAGUACAAGAAGGAAGGAAUUGAAUGGACAUUCAUUGACUUUGGGAUGGACCUGGCUGCUUGCAUUGAGCUCAUUGAGAAGCCCAUGGGCAUCUUCUCCAUCCUGGAAGAGGAGUGCAUGUUCCCCAAGGCAACUGACACCUCUUUCAAGAACAAGCUCUAUGACCAGCACCUGGGCAAGUCCAACAACUUCCAGAAGCCCAAGCCUGCCAAAGGCAAGGCUGAGGCCCACUUCUCCCUGGUGCACUACGCUGGCACAGUGGACUACAACAUCACUGGCUGGCUUGAGAAGAACAAGGACCCCCUGAAUGAAACUGUCAUUGGGCUCUAUCAGAAAUCAUCUGUGAAGACACUGGCCCUACUCUUUGCCUCUUAUGGUGGAGCAGAAGCAGAGGCUAGCGGUGGUGGUGGUGGCAAGAAGGGUGGUAAGAAGAAGGGCUCUUCUUUCCAGACUGUCUCAGCUCUUUUCCGGGAGAACUUAAACAAGCUGAUGACCAACUUACGGAGCACUCACCCCCAUUUUGUCCGCUGCAUCAUCCCAAAUGAAACAAAAACACCCGGUGCCAUGGAGCAUGAACUGGUGCUGCACCAGCUGCGCUGUAACGGUGUGCUGGAAGGGAUCCGAAUCUGCAGGAAAGGAUUCCCCAGCAGAGUCCUCUAUGCAGACUUCAAGCAGAGGUACAAGGUGCUUAAUGCAAGUGCCAUCCCCGAGGGACAGUUCAUUGACAGCAAGAAGGCUUCUGAGAAGCUCCUUGGCUCCAUUGAUGUGGACCACACCCAGUACAAAUUUGGUCACACCAAGGUGUUCUUCAAAGCUGGGCUGCUGGGGCUCCUGGAGGAGAUGAGAGAUGACAAGUUGGCACAGCUCAUCACUCGCACACAGGCCAGAUGCAGGGGCUUCCUCAUGAGAGUGGAGUACCAGAGAAUGGUGGAGAGGAGGGAGUCCAUCUUCUGCAUCCAGUACAACGUUCGUGCAUUCAUGAAUGUCAAGCAUUGGCCAUGGAUGAAGCUGUUCUUCAAGAUCAAGCCCUUACUGAAGAGCGCAGAAUCAGAGAAGGAGAUGGCCAAUAUGAAAGAAGAGUUUGAGAAAACCAAGGAAGAGCUUGCAAAAUCUGAAGCAAAGAGGAAAGAGAUGGAGGAGAAAAUGGUUAAACUAAUGCAGGAGAAAAAUGACCUGCAGCUCCAAGUGCAGGCUGAAGCUGAUGCUUUAGCUGAUGCUGAGGAAAGAUGUGACCAGCUGAUCAAAACCAAAAUCCAGCUGGAAGCCAAAGUUAAGGAGGUGACAGAAAGGGCUGAGGAUGAAGAGGAAAUCAAUGCUGAGCUGACAGCUAAGAAGAGAAAACUGGAGGAUGAAUGCUCAGAGCUGAAGAAAGAUAUCGAUGACCUGGAGUUAACGUUGGCCAAAGUUGAGAAGGAAAAACAUGCCACCGAAAACAAGGUGAAAAACCUCACUGAGGAGAUGGCAGGCCUGGAUGAGAACAUUGCCAAGCUGACAAAAGAGAAAAAGGCCCUCCAAGAGGCCCACCAGCAGACACUGGAUGAYYUGCAGGCAGAAGAGGACAAAGUCAAUACGCUGACCAAAGCUAAAACCAAGCUGGAACAGCAAGUGGAUGACCUUGAAGGGUCCCUGGAGCAGGAGAAGAAAGUGCGCAUGGACCUUGAGAGAGCCAAGAGGAAACUGGAGGGAGACCUAAAGCUGGCUCAUGACAGCAUAAUGGACUUGGAAAAUGAUAAGCAGCAGCUGGAUGAGAAACUCAAGAAGAAAGACUUUGAAAUCAGCCAGAUCCAGAGCAAGAUCGAGGAUGARCAAGYYCUKGGCAUGCAAUUGCAGAAGAAGAUCAAGGAGUUGCAGGCAAGUCUCUGUUCCCUCCCUUCUCUCAUGCCGACAGAGGAACUGGAGGAGGAAAUUGAGGCCGAGCGGACCUCUCGCGCCAAAGCAGAGAAGCAUCGGGCUGACCUCUCCAGGGAGCUCGAGGAGAUCAGCGAGCGCCUGGAGGAAGCAGGGGGAGCUACGGCAGCCCAGAUCGAUAUGAACAAGAAGCGCGAGGCCGAAUUUCAGAAGAUGCGGCGCGACCUCGAAGAGGCCACUCUGCAGCAUGAAGCCACCGCUGCCGCCCUGCGCAAGAAGCAUGCGGACAGCACAGCCGAGCUCGGGGAGCAGAUAGACAACCUUCAGCGUGUCAAGCAGAAGCUGGAGAAGGAGAAGAGUGAGCUCAAGAUGGAGAUUGAUGACUUGACCAGUAACAUGGAGUCUGUCUCCAAAGCCAAGGCAAAUCUAGAGAAGAUGUGCCGCACUCUGGAAGACCAGCUGAGUGAGAUUAAGACCAAGGAAGAGGAGCAUCAGCGUAUGAUCAAUGACCUCAGUGCUCAAAGAGCUCGUCUACAAACAGAAUCUGGCGAAUAUUCUCGACAGGUGGAGGAGAAAGACUCUUUGAUUUCUCAACUGUCUAGAGGAAAGCAGGCAUUUACCCAACAGAUUGAGGAGCUCAAAAGGCAUUUAGAGGARGAAAUAAAGGCCAAGAACGCCCUGGCUCAUGCCUUGCAAUCUGCUCGCCACGACUGUGACUUGCUGCGGGAGCAAUAUGAAGAGGAGCAGGAAGCCAAGGGCGAGCUGCAGCGYGCCCUGUCCAAGGCCAACAGUGAAGUGGCCCAGUGGAGGACCAAAUAUGAGACGGAUGCCAUUCAGCGCACAGAAGAGCUGGAAGAGGCCAAGAAGAAGCUGGCACAGCGUCUGCAGGAUGCAGAGGAACACGUUGAGGCUGUGAAUGCCAAAUGUGCUUCCCUGGAAAAGACAAAGCAGCGGCUGCAGAAUGAAGUGGAGGACCUGAUGAUUGAUGUGGAAAGGUCGAACGCAGCUUGUGCAGCUCUGGACAAGAAGCAGAAGAAUUUCGACAAGAUCCUGUCAGAGUGGAAGCAGAAGUAUGAGGAAACACAGGCYGAGCUGGAAUCCUCCCAGAAGGAGUCUCGCUCUCUCAGCACRGAGCUGUUCAAGAUGAAGAAUGCCUAUGAGGAGUCCUUGGACCACCUGGAAACGAUGAAGCGGGAGAACAAGAACUUACAGCAGGAGAUUUCUGACCUCACGGAGCAGAUUGCAGAGGGAGGAAAGGCCAUUCAUGAGCUGGAGAAAGUGAAGAAGCAGAUUGAGCAGGAGAAAUCAGAAAUCCAGGCUGCUCUGGAGGAAGCUGAGGCGUCCCUAGAACAUGAGGAAGGGAAGAUCCUGCGCCUCCAGCUGGAGCUCAACCAGGUCAAGUCUGAGAUUGACCGGAAGAUAGCAGAAAARGAUGAGGAAAUCGACCAGCUGAAGAGAAACCAUCUCCGAGUCGUGGAGUCCAUGCAGAGCACGCUGGAUGCUGAGAUCAGGAGCAGGAAUGAAGCCCUGAGGCUGAAGAAGAAGAUGGAGGGAGACCUGAAUGAAAUGGAGAUCCAGCUGAGCCAUGCCAACCGUCUGGCUGCAGAGGCCCAAAAGAACCUGAGAAACACACAGGCAGUACUGAAGGUCGGUUAA